AUGCCUGCACUGCCCGAAGAGAGGCGCAAGUCACACACCUUCGAGAGCUUGUCUGUGCGACCCGUCGACUUCUCUCUGACAUCAGGAACCAACAUCCCAGCGCCACUUGACUCGCCGCCCGUGUCACUGUCACCCGUUGAAAGCGUUCGUCUGUCACGCCCAAAGACCCUUUCCAGACCUCCUACUGCAGGUGGCGGUCCACUCAGCUCGCAUCCCACAAACGAUAUAAUGCCCAUGCCAGGCGCCCUUCCGCCGACUCCAGAACCAGAACGCGAAAACAACACCAACCACACCGACACCACAAUGCAUUCAGAAGAGAGCAACCGAGACGGCGCGGCCAGCUGGCGCUCACCUACACCCAACACCAACAUCUCCCAGACGUCACCAGGUCGCCGCCCAGGAGGUGUGCGACGCCUGUUCGGUCUGACGAGCCUGCGCCAGUCCUUCAGCAGCUCACGUACCUCGUUCAGCAUCCCACCACCAAGCUCGUCAUAUGGCGAGCAGUCCACAAUGCAGCGACCGCAGUCUCCAGGCGUCAUGUCGACCACGGCGUCCUUCAUGCCACCACCAUCGAUGCACUCGAACCAGCAAGCCACAUUACGCAAGAAGAGGUCGAGCAAUUGGUUCAAGCGAAAGAGCGGCUUCUUCACCACCAACGAGAACGGUUUCCUCGACGUCGUCAGCGAGGACCCAAGGCCGGAUAGCAAGCGGGCGAAGCGCUCCGACCUGCCAAUGCUGCCCGAAAUCAGCACCCUGAGCGGCGACAGUGUCGGCGAAGGUAGUAUCGGCUGGGACGAGGGCCUCUUCAAGCAGUGA